AUGGAUGUGCUCAACUUCACCUAUUGGAAUGCCUCUGAGGGCAAUGACACGGAGGUUGUGGAGGAGCAGCAGAGUCCAUACAAGACGGUGGAGGUGGUGUUCAUUGUGCUGGUGGCCGGCUCUCUCAGUUUGGUGACAGUUAUUGGAAAUAUCCUGGUGAUGCUCUCCAUCAAAGUGAACAGGAACCUACAGACCGUCAACAACUAUUUUUUAUUCAGUCUUGCAUGUGCUGACCUCAUCAUUGGACUCUGCUCCAUGAACUUGUACACAGUCUAUAUAGUUAUAGGAUAUUGGCCACUUGGACCAGUGGUGUGUGAUCUCUGGCUAGCGUUGGAUUAUGUGGUCAGCAAUGCAUCUGUAAUGAAUCUCCUCAUUAUAAGUUUUGAUAGAUAUUUCUGUGUCACCAAGCCCCUGAGCUACCCUGUCAAAAGGACCACUAAAAUGGCAGGAAUGAUGAUAGCAGCAGCUUGGGUCCUCUCCUUCAUCCUGUGGGCUCCAGCCAUUCUUUUCUGGCAGUUCAUUGUUGGUGGGCGAACAGUUCCUGAAAAGGAAUGCUAUAUCCAGUUCUUCUCCAAUGCUGCUGUCACAUUCGGUACAGCUAUUGCAGCCUUUUACCUUCCUGUCAUUAUCAUGAUUCAGCUUUACUGGCAGAUAUCAAGAGCCAGCAAAAGCCGUGUAAAAAAGGAUAACCGCAAAACAGCAGGAACAACUCCUGAGCCUGUGUCACCUGGUCAAAGUAAAAACAAUGCACCCAAACCCACAAAUAACAACAUUCCCGGAGAAGAAAAAGGCCAGUGUCCGAGUCAGAGUCAGACUGCAGACGAUGUGAGCCACCAGCAGGACGGCAGACUGCAGAAUGGCAAAGGGCCCUCCAGCACGGCAGAGGGUGAGCAGGUCGAGGGAGAUGACGCCGCACGUGAGAACUGUGUUCCAGAGGAGAAAGAGAGCUCUAAUGACUCCACCUCUGGCAGCGCAGCCGUGUCCAACCAGAAAGAUGAGGAGGUUACACCCUGCGCACCCAACUCCUCUGUUGAAGCCACCCAGACAAUCCCACGUCAGCGUGCCAAGGCUGGGGGAUCCAAGCUGACAUGCAUCAAGAUUAAAACAAAAUCUCCUAAGGGUGACUUCUACACUCCAACAUCUAAUGCCACAGUAGAGAUUGUCCCAGCUGCAGAGCGCCAAAACCAUGUGGCACGUAAAAUUGUAAAGAUGACAAAGCAGCCACCAAACAAGAAGAAAAAAGCAGCACCAUCCCGGGAAAAGAAAGUGACCCGUACCAUCAUGGCCAUUUUGGUGGCUUUUGUUGCCACCUGGACUCCUUACAAUGUCAUGGUGCUCAUCAACACCUUCUGCUCCAGCUGCAUCCCCAGCACUGUAUGGACCAUCGGAUACUGGCUGUGCUACAUCAACAGCACCAUAAACCCAGCCUGCUAUGCUCUGUGCAAUGUCACCUUCAAAAAGACUUUCAAGCAUCUUCUGCUUUGCCAAUACAAAAACAGUAGGUCAGCCAGAUAG